AUGUCCGAUACUGAAACUUCUGCAAACACUAUUGAAAUCAUUGUGAAGUCUUCAAGUGACAAGAAGUAUAAUGUUGAAAUUUCUCUAGAUUCUACUGUUUUGGAUUUGAAAAAUAUUGUUGCUGAACAAUCUUCUAUUCCAGCAGAACGCCAAAGAAUAAUUUAUUCUGGUCGUGUUCUUAAAGAUCAUGAAACUAUUGGAACUUACAAAAUUAAAAAUGGUCAAACAGUACACCUUAUUCGUGGUGCAGCACCUCAAUCAACACCCGCGACAUCUUCUUCAUCACCUUCUGUCACUUCUUCCACUACCCCUAAUGUCCCCACUUCCUUUUCGACUGGUGGAACUGUUGGUAAUCCCCUUGCUGAUUUGACAGGUGCUCGUUAUGCUGGCUUUGCUAACCUUCCAAGUGCAUCCAUGUUUGGACCGGAUGGUGGAAUGGGAAGUAUCCCUAAUCCAGAUGAACUAGCUAAUUUAUUGUCUCAGCCUGGCGUUCGCGAACAGAUGAAUGCUAUGCUCAGCAACCCCAGUAUGAUUGAAAUGUUGAUAAACUCUAAUCCUCAAUUACAAAACAUGGCUCCAAUGUUUCGUUCUAUGAUGGGCAACGAAAGUUUUCGCAACAUGUUGACAAAUCCUGAAGCUAUCAGAUCUAUGAUGCAGAUGCAACAGGCAAUGAACCCUGCUCGUACGAAUACAUUUCCUGCUCCUGGGGUAGCUGAGAAUAUAUCAGAGACUGAAACAAGAGCAUCUGAAAACAAUACUUCUAAUUCUGGUGCCACAUCUUCCCCUUCUAUUGAUCCUACCGCUUCAUUGUUGUCGCAAAUGCUAGGUAAUUCAAACCAGUCGGCUAAUCCCUUUGCGGAUCUUCAACAAAAUCUUCAAUCUCUCUCACAGGCUUUGGGAACUAAUAGAGGAGCAUCUGAAUCUGGAUAUGAAAAUUCUUCUGCAGAUAAUCCAUUUUCCGCUUUGUUAAACCCUGAGAUAAUUCAACAGCAAACUCAAUAUCUUCAAUCACUUAAUCAAGCAAUGGAAGCUUCUAGAAACGCAACUAAUGCAGCUGAUCAAGCUGAUAAUCGUCCUCCAGAAGAAAAAUAUGAGUCACAAUUGCGCCAAUUGAAUGAACUUGGUUUUUACGAUUUUGAUCGUAACGUUCGAGCUCUGAGACGUAGUGGUGGCCAUGUUCAAGGCGCUAUUGAAGCUUUAUUGGAUAACUUGAUCUAA